UGUUUUCAUUUAUUUAUUUUCACGGUGCUAACUUGCUCACCGGAGCACCUUUUUGAAAUCAAGCCCUUGGUUCACCGGAAUCUCGAUUACUCAAUUUCUCACCCGAUAACUUACACGCUUCUUUGCAGAAUCAAGAGGCGCGUAUGCGUGCGAAGGAAGAGGAGAUGGCGAGAAAGUACAGCGCCUUGGCGAGUGAGAAGAAGGAGAAGGAGAAGACUAUCAAAGGGUUAACAGAGGAACGAGGAAGUUUAUGCAGGGUUGUGGAGAUUAAGCAGCGUGAGCUUGAUGAAGCCAACAGAGCCAGAUGUUGGGUUGAGCAGGUCAAAGUUAGUCAUGAGCAUGCAAUUGCUUGGUUUCAAGGAGAAUUGUGUCGAUUGAGGUAUGUCGCGGAUGGGUUGAAUGCGUCAUGCAAAGAGUUUAAGGACAAAAAUGAGCAGUUACUAUCUCAAGUUGCGUGUAUGGCGAAAAAAAUUGAAGUUGCGGAUAUUGAGUUGGGGAAGAUGAGAUGUGAGAGAGCGAAGGAAAGAGAUGAAUUGAACAAAGUUGCGAGAAAUAAAAGAAGCAAUAAUCCAACUGAAGAAGAAGAAGAAGUAUCAUCUGUGAGGAAGAAAGGAAAAUUUGAGCUAUCUCGUGUUCAAGGAGAGAAUGUAUUGGAGUCCGAUACUGAGAGUUCAGAUGACUCUUCUGGUAGUGAUAUCAAUGGAUAUCCUGAGCCAGAUUUCAAAGAUUUUGAAAAGGAUAGGGGGGAGGACUGUUUUGCUGCUAAUCAGAUAUGGGCAACUUAUGAUAGCACUGAUAGUCUGCCAAGAGCUUAUGCUCUUGUCAGGGAUGUGGCCUCCCCUUUUAAGUUGAAGAUUACUAAGUUGGAACCAGACCCAGAUGAUGAAGGGGAGAUAGAUUGGUGUGAUGCUGAUUUGCCUAUUGCUUGUGGUAAGUUCGUACUUGGUGAUUCUGAGUAUGUUACGGAUCGGGACAUUUUCUGUCAUCGGUUAAGGGGCAUGAAAAGAACUGGCUCAGAUUCUUAUAUGCUACAUCCCAAGAAGGGAGAAACUUGGGCAAUUUUCAGAGAUUGGGAUAUCAAAUGGAGUUCUGAUCCAGAAAAUCAUGUGACGGAUGAGUUUGAAUAUGUGGAAAUCCUAUCAGAUUUUACUCAGGAUGUUGGCAUUCAAGUUGCUUACCUAGUCAAAGUGGAAGGGUUUGUUAGCCUCUUUCAGAAAGCUAAGAAGAAUGGAGUCAACAUGUUUUGUGUUCUGCCUAAUGAGCUGUAUAGGUUCUCACACCAGAUUCCUUCAUAUAAGAUGACCGGUAAAGAAAGGAAAGGUGUUCCAAGAGGAUGUUUUGAACUUGAUACUGCUGCACUCCUACUUACGUAGUUAAACUUGGUGAUUCUGGUGAUGCUGAAAGAGGUCUUCUAUCCGGGAAUCAUCACCAAAGGGACAGAACAUGAACAGCUUUUUGGUGACAGUCAUGGGUUUGGUAAUUUCCUGGAGCAUAACACUUCUGGUCGUAGAUGCAUAUUCUGUCUUAAUAAAAUGCUAACAGCAUCAACCAAAAGUCAUAUUAAUCGUCUUUUUGGAUUAAUCGUUUGUUCUGCAAUGUAGCUUUAUUAUUUCCACAACAUAUUCACUCUGAUGUACAAUGUGUAGACACGAUUUCCAUUCUUUUAUUCAAAUUAGUGCUGAUUUGCUAUGAUAAAAAUGGAAGA